AUGUCGUCCAUGGUCUCGCUGGCGUCGAAGCUGGCCGUGGCGAGCUUGCUGGUUCACAAGGCAGCUGGCAGCAGCGAGUUCAAUUGGAGCCACAUCGAGCCGUCUUGGGAUCUCGAGUACACGCCAUGCUAUGACGGUCUCCAGUGCGCCCGACUUCUUCUGCCGCUGGACUGGCUCAACCCCCGCGACAAACUCAAUGCGACCGUCGCCAUUGCCAUCGCCAAGUUACCUGCCAAGGUGGGCGCCGACCAUGACAGCUUCGGGGGCACCGUCAUCACGAACCCGGGGGGGCCCGGCGACUCGGGCGUCGUCCACAUGAUCAAGAAUGGCCACUUUCUGCAGAGCAUGGUUGAUGGGAACCGGCACUACGAGGUGCUGUCGUUUGACCCGCGCGGCGUCUUCUACAGCACGCCCAUCGCCAACUGCUAUGAGAACGAGGCGGACGGCGACCUUGCCGAGUGGCAGAUGCGGGGGUUCGGCCUCCUGGACGGAUCAACACAGCAGCUGCGGCGACGCAGGGCACACGCGACAGCGCGAGGGCAGCGCUGUGCGGAGGCCGACAAGGGCCAGUCCUCCAUCCGAGAGUUCAUGUCCACCGCCUCAGUGGCCCGCGACAUGCUGGCCAUUGUCGACAAGAUUGAGGCGUCGAGAUCCGCCGCACUGGCGAAAGCGACGAGGCAAGGUGGUCAUGAUGACAGUGCGCAGAGACUCGAACUCCGCUCACAGUCCGCCAACAAGAGAGCCGAGGCAAGGCUGCAGUACUUUGGCACAUCCUAUGGCACGUUUUUGGGAAACACGUUCCUGUCCAUGUUCCCGGGCCGUGUUCACCGAAUGGUGCUCGAUGGCCUCGUGGUCGGCGAGGAGUACGUUGAUCUGGACUGGUCCACGAACCUCGCCGACACGGCACAUGUUGUCGACUACUUUUACCAGUCGUGUUUCGAGGCCGGGCCCUACUGCCCCCUGUGGAGAGCGUUUGACAUGUCUUGGAGCACAAUCAAGUCGCGGGUGGACAAACUCGUGGCCGAUCUCGAUGCCAACCCGCUGGCUAUCGCGAACACGGACGGGCCCGAGACGGUCAUCACCGGCGACGAGAUUCGCAUCGCCAUGAUGGAUCCCCUCUAUGCCCCGCUGGACCUGUUUGAGGGCUUAGCAACACUCCUGCACGAUGCACUGCAGGGCAACUACACGCUUCUCCUCCAGCGGACGGGCAUCACCGGCCACCGAGAUACCUGCUCCGCUUCCAGGGCGCUCGCGUAUACCUGGAUGGACCAGGCAUCCAUGGCGGUCCGGUGUGGUGAUGCCAAGGAUGUCACAGACCGCGACCUGGCGUUCUGGGGUGCCUACGCGAAGAAGCUCGGGAACCUCUCGGCGGAUAUCGGCGGCCUCUGGGUCGAGGUUCCGUUCGCCUGCUCCGGCUGGAAGACCCGACCCAAGUACCGCUACGAUGGACCCUUCACGUCGCCAGAGCACGACGCAGCAGCCAUCCACAGUGGCCGACCCUCCGCGCCGCUGUUGCUCCUGUCCAGCCUGUACGACCCCGUCACGCCGCUUCGGAGCGCGGCAAAGGUGGCGCGCGGCCAUCCCGGGUCGCGCGUCCUGCUGCAAAAAUCCGUUGGGCAUUGCGCCUUUCUCUCCGCCCCGAGCGAAUGCACAAAGCGGUACGUCCGGGACUACAUGGACACUGGGCGGCUGCCUCCCGAGGGGACCGAAUGCGAGCCCGACUGCAGCCCCUGGUGGCCCUGUCCGGUGGAGAGAGCGCACCUACCCCGAUGA